AUGGCGUCGGCGUCUUCUUCGGACGGAGUUGCCGGAAGGAUUCGGAACGCGUCGCUGGUUCUUGUCUCCGAUAACAAUUCCACGAUUGCUGACAUUCGCAAAGCUGUGACUAUGAUGAAGAACAUUGCUGUUGAGUUGGAGAGAGAUAAUCAAACUGAGAAGGUUAAAGACCUUGAAAAUUCUGUGGCUGAGCUGUUGGGUUUGUAUGGUGAUUGUGCUCAUCGUUCGUCAGCAAUUCAAGCUGUUGCAAAUGGGUAUCAGCCUGGGGAACAAUUAACUGACUUUCAAAAGUUGCUUGACGAUGAGUUCACAAAGCUCAAGACUACUUCUCCUUCUGUGCCACAAAAUGAUCAUUUGCUGCGCCAGUUCAGGGAAGCAGUUUGGAACGUUCAUCAUGCAGGUGAACCAAUGCCUGGUGACGAUGAAGAGGACAUUGUCAUGACCAGCACUCAGUGCCCUCUCCUAAACGUGACAUGUCCCUUGAGCGGGAAACCUCUCACUGAACUAGCAGAUCCAGUUCGCAGUAUGGUUUGCAAGCACGUCUACGACAAAGCAGCAAUCAUGCAUUACAUAGGCAACAAUCCCAAUGCGAAAUGUCCUAUAGCAGGCUGCGUAGGGAAACUGCAGAAUAACAAAGUGGUUUGUGAUCCAAUGUUGAAGUUUGAAAUCGAGGAGAUGCGCUCGAUGAACAAACAAACUAAUAGGGCCGAAGUGAUUGAAGACUUCACAGAAGCAGUCGAUGAAGAUUAG